AUGGCCGAAUAUCUCGCAUUGGGUCAUAUGUCGGUUGCAACAACCCCCGGACAGUAUUAUAUCCCCCACCAUGCUAUAUGUAAGAAUGACGGUGCAGAUAUUAAAUUUAGGGUAGUUUUUGACGCGUCUGCGAAAGGUCCCACGGGUAUGUCGUUAAAUCGCGCAUUGCUUCCCGGACCCAAAUUACAGCGUGACAUAGUUGAUAUCUUGAUCCGUUUCUGUUUAUUUCACCACGCAUUCACGGCAGACAUCUAUAAGAUGUACCGUCAAAUUUUGAUCCUACCUGAGUUCCGCGCUUAUCAACACAUAUUGGGGCGUGACUCCACGCUCGAUCUAGUGAUUGAUUAUGAACUUAAUACCGUGACUUAUGGUGUAAACUACGCCCCUUUCCUAGCACUCCGCGUGUUGCGCGCUAUAGCUGACAGUGAUGGCGUGUCUUUUCCAUGUGAUCGCGAUGCGUUACGUUAUCAAACAUACGUCAACAAACGUAUUUGCUACGGGGCGGACACCAUCACUGAUACGGUCGUGGUUCAAUCGGAAUUAAAGUCAAUACUGGCGCGGUCAGGUCUCGAAUUAUGUAAAUGGUCAAGUAAUACCUCGGCUCUAUUGCAGAACGUACCUGCGGAUCAUUGCGUCGUAAAAUCUAGGUCAUUCGCCGACGACGAUAGCGUAGACACAAAGGUUCUUGGUAUACACUGGUAUACAAAUGAGGAUUAUUUUUGUUGCGAACUAUGUUUAGAGGUGUCACCAACAUUCACAAAACGUGGUAUCUUGUCAUUGACGGCCUAA